AUGGCAGCGAAUAGGGGAAUGAGAACCUUCUUCUCUGUCUUCCUGCUGUGCUGCUGGCAAGGAAUGGAGCUACAGCCAACGAAGGGAACUUCAGGUCCAGUUACUGAAGACUCACUCAACGCAACAACUGAUGGCAUACCUGAAGUGUUUGAUGAAAUUUUAGCCCAGGAGAUUUUGGAGCCAAAAAAAUCAGCAGUGUCUGAAACAACAAAAACAACAAAGCCAUCAACAACUACAAAGCAAACUAAGGAAAAAAAUUCUAGUGUUGAUGAGACUUACCAAGAAAACGGCUCUAAGAAUUACCACGAAUUAUUGGAUAAUUCAGAGCUUUCGUCUCUGAACAAGGAGAAAUUUGGCAAUAAUGACAAGAAGGACUCAAACAAUGAUAAAUAUAGUACACUGUCAGUUCUGGACAAGAUCCUUCAAAAUAUAGGAAGAACUGAAAGAAACCUGGAACUAAAAGGCAAUUGGCUCCUGGUCUGGGAGUCCCCUUCUGAGUGA